AUGCCGCUGAUAGUACCCAAACGAAACACUUACUCCCACGUCAACCUCCCCAUUGCCCUCUUCACGACCGUCGCCCUCGUGACAGCUCUCCUCUAUCUGCAACUCGUGUACGGCAUCUCCUGGCUCCUCCGCCCAUUCUACAACUCAAGCCAAGAGUUCCCACCUCUCCGGCGCACCAUUGAGCGAACUGAGAAAUUGACUGUCAACAUCAUCCUGAGCAUCGUACCUACUUCUUUCUACCGUUCGCCGCCGGUCUCGGAUUUUUUUCAUAUGCACGAAGACUCGGCCCUCCGUGUGAUGUCCGGCCCCCGAUAUGCUUAUGAGAACCCAUCGCAUACUCAGCAGAGCCAACCCACCACCGUGAUCCCUGCCACUUUGCUGCAAUGCUACCCCGAGAACUCCGUCGAGCGGAUGGACGCCAUCACGUAUGAACCACGCCUUCCCGUAAGGGCCAACAUCCCAGAUCGACACGCUCACGCACGAGAAUCCUUCGUCUACGACACGGUCAAGAAGUACGCCACCAUGGGAAAGCAGCGCAUCUCCGUCGUUGAAAUGCACCGGUCCACUCAAAACGUGUCACAAUCGUAUACGCAGAAACAAGUCGAAACGGCAGGCCCGCAGCCCACGGUCCCAGUCCUCGUUUCACCGCAGCCGUACCAGAAGUCACCCGCUGCAUCAUUUGACGGGGCUCGUGAGGCGAGUAUGCAUUCGUUCCCGACGGAGAUAGAGGAUUCAACGAAUUCAAUGACGCUGCGGAUGAAUCGGCGGUCAAAGUCUCGUUCUACGGAGAGUUAUCCGGGCAAGUUUCCUGUCAGUGAUGGGUUGGAGUAUAGCAAUUUGGCUACGGCGUCGUUGAACUUUCGGGAGCGGGGGACUACUUCUGUGCGGCCUUUCUCGGAUUACUAA